AUGGAUUUCAUAGAGCAGUGGGAUAGAGUCACCGAACAAACCUGGCCUCGGCAUCUGCCACACAUUCUCAAAGACCUCACUGAAUGCGCGUUUGUCGCCCUCGAUUUUGAAUUCUCUGGCAUUUCAUCACAUCAAGCUAUAGCUGGGGGUCGGCAAACACUCCAGGAGAGAUACGCAGAGUCAAAGGCUGCCGCACAGAAAUACCAGAUCCUGCAGGUCGGACUCACUAUUGUAAAGGAAGAUGAGGUUGCAGGAAAAUAUAUUCUCAAGCCUUACAAUUUUUCUUUGAGUCCCUUGAUCGACCCCGUACUAGGUAUCGAUCGCACAUUCAGCUUCUCAAGCGCUGCCACUCAAUUUCUGCUCAAGGUUGGAUUCAGCUUGGAAUCUCCCUUUCAAGAGGGCGUGCGGUAUCUCUCAACGAAAGAGGAGGAAUUAGCAACGCAGGAGGCAUCCAAGCAUAUUAGCCGCUCGCGUACAGUCUCGAUUGCUCAGGUGGAAUUGCCCAAGGAAGAACCAGAAUCCGUAGCUUUCCUUGCAGCUGUGCGCAAAGAUAUUGACAAAUGGCUAAACAAUGGCCAGAAAACGCAGGACUAUUUGAAUAUCCCAUCGCGCAAUGCGGUUGCUUAUCCUGAUGGCAGACCUGCUGUGACGAGUCUAAAUCGUUACCAGAAAAGGCUUGUGCACCAAUUGGUAGAAACAGAAUACCCGACGCUUACAUCGAUAGGCCGGAGUGAUUUCAUAAAAGUCGUCAACUUCGAUGAGAAAAAGGAGGAAAAUAUACGCCAACAAAAAAUCCGCCGUUUAGAAAAGCAUCUACUGGAGCAUCGUGGAUUCAGAUGGAUUAUUGAAGCUUUGACGGGUGGAGAUGGCCUCUCUCAGCUGGAGUCCAAGGUAUUCGAGCCUCUGGUCCUGGAUGGUGAAGAUUUCAAUGCCAGACGCAGUACUAUCGAGGAUUUCGCGAUGAAUAUCAAAGCACGCCUGCAGAGCAAACAUCGCCGACCCCCAGUUGUUGGGCAUAAUUUGUUCUUGGACUUGGUCUAUUUAUGUCAAUGCUUUUAUGGCGAUUUGCCAGACCGGAUUGAGGAAUUUAUCCAGUUGCUCCACGAGAAGUUCCCGAUGUUGGUUGAUACGAAAUACAUAUUUACACAUGAAUGUGGUGAUAUGAACCCAGUGGCAUCGCUAGGUGUGAUUGACGAAGCAUGCAAGCAUAUUACAAACCCUGAGAUCGUGAUUGAUUCAAAGCACACACGCUACGAGGGCCAUGAGCAACCGCACGAAGCUGGGUACGACAGUCUUUUGACGGCAAAGAAUUUCAUUAGGCAAGCUAUUCAGUUGCCAGAUGCUUUCCCAGGGCCAUCGCAAUUGAUUUCUAAGACCGAAUCGUUGCCAGACUCACCCAAGCAGGCAAAAUCUAUAGAUGCAGCUAAACCCAGCAUCUCAUCGACGAAGCAUUCUCCUGACAAGAAUAUCCCUGAAUCCAGAUUCGCUCAUCAAAAUGUGUUUGCUACGUUAAGAGAUGACAGCAAUGAAGCUUCAGGGUCAGACCUGACCAACGUAUCUGAUGCAUUGGCCGCGGUCGUUGUUGAAAAUAAACUUAUUCCUUCCUUCUCAUCCUCGAUUUGGAAAAUUUACGGUAACAAGCUUCGAGUAUUUGGGACAUACGAGAGGGUAGAAAUGAAGAAUAUCAACCCUUCGAAGAAGCAUCAUGACAGCGACGCAUUCUGGCGGCCGACCUCUCAUUCCGCCGUAUGCAAAAGUUGUCAAGAGACAAUUACACGCAGUUAUGCAUCGGCUGCGUCGACAGUAGUUGGCUCUGAUGUCUCCAAAACCGAAAUUUCUCUCGCGUCGAGCUCCGAAGCCGUGACUCCCUCCUUUACGAUCAAAGCCGGCAUUGUCCUUUCUCGUCCUCCGCAAAUCACUCGCGACUUGACGCCCUUUGAAAGUUCGUUUUUUUUCUAUCAGAAACGACUCAACGAGCGUCUUGCGCUUCCUUUCACGCGAUACUUCUAUUUCAAACGCGGAACGCCGGCAGAUGAGGAUUGGAAGAGGAAAUACAAAGAGCGGCUGACACCGUCGCGCGACAUCGGGCAAUACAAUGCCUACUCGAAAGAAGCAUGGAACGACGAGUUGCUUGUCGGCGCUGUGGAAUCGGAGCCGUCUCAUCAAGUAGAAAUGCUCUUGCGAGAUGCAGAAGUGGUCACUACGGCUUCGUCUGAGGGAAGCACAACCAAGAAAGUCGACGUUGAGCGGCCGGCAUCUCGUGUCACAGAGGCAGAUAAGAAGAAUGACCAUAAGAGCUUAGACCGUCUACUUCAGAGAACAUUGUAUCUGCUCGUGCAGACGAAGGAAGGAUACUGGAAGUUCCCCAGUUCGUCCGUUGGCUUGGAUGAGAAUUUACGCUCCGCCGCUGAACGUACCCUUUCCCAAUCUGCGGGUGUCAACAUGAAUACCUGGUUUGUCGGUUUCCAUCCAGUCGGCCACCACUCGUACAAAUUCAAGGUGCCCAAGCCUGAUGAGGUUUCGAAAGAGCUCGUUGCAGGCGAAAAGACAUUCUUCAUGAAAAGCCGCAUCCUGGCUGGUCAGGCUGAUCUCAUGGCCAACACACAAAAUCUUAGCGAUUUCAAGUGGCUCGCCAAGGAGGAAAUCCAGAAGUAUGUUCUGCCGCAAUAUUAUAGCAGCAUCAAGAACAUGCUUGCAGAUCGGUAA